AUGGACAUCUCUAAUAUCAAUAUUAUCAGGCAGAUUACGUGCUCUGAUUCGUCUGCAAUAUUCGAGGCAGAGCUGGAUGGACAAAAGUAUGCAUUGAAGCUUUUCCACGACAACGGCGACCCUGGUUAUACCGAAAAUGGUCGUGAUUUGAACAGAUUUCGCUGCGAGUUAAAUGCUUACAAGAAGCUUCUGGCUUCUGGUGCCUGUGCACGCGGUUUCGUGCCAAAAUUCUACGGCUACAUCAAUCGGAUGGAUCCCGCAGCAUUUCAGCCUGCUUUACAAUCUUUCGCCCGAGACAAGCUAUGGCCGAGAGCAAUAUUGCUAGAAUAUUUCCCAAAUGCAGAGAGUUUGAACUGCGUGAACUACUCGGAUGCGCUCUAUCCCCAGGCAAUUGAGGGCAUGCAUGAGAUACACAGGGCGGGUGUUCACCAUCGAGACAUCUACCCCAAAAACCUUCUCCUUGUCCGUGGAAACCCCGACAGGCUGGUCUGGAUUGACUUUGAUGUUGCAACGACCUUCACCGAUUUUGAACCUGAACAGCUGGCCCGCUGCGACCACGAAAUUGCGCUUGUGAAGGGAUUUGCGGAAGCUCUGAGAGAUGACCAGGCUGAGGGACUCCCGCCGAAUACAAAAUUCUAUUAA